UAAGUUAGUGUGUACAUAACGAUGUAACUGUUAUACUAUGUGUCUGCUGUUAUACCAUGUCUGCCGUGAUACUAUCUGCGUGUGUGUGAGUGGUAAAAGUGAAAGAUUGUACAUGAGGUACAGAGAGAGAAGAGCGUGCUGUGUUUUAGAACACUUGUCUUACACCAGUUCAACUCAGGUCUAAGCUUUUUACUGAACGGCUUCUUUUUCAAUAUUUGGAUAAUAAUACAAUGUGUUUCAGCUAAAUAGCUAGCAGUUAAUCAUUUUUAUACUGCUGUCAAGUGUCAUAUAACACAUAUCUUUUUUUUUUUGGGCCUUUACAUUCUAAUAAUCAAGUCUUUAGUUGUGGACAUUUACAUUACAAUUGUCAAAUCAUUAGUUGUGGACAUUUACAUUACAAUUGUCAAGUCAUUAGUUGUGGACAUUUACAUUACAAUAGCCAAGUCAUUAGUUGUGGACAUUUACAUUACAAUAGUCAUAUCAUUAAUAGUGGACAUUUCCAUUAGAAUAAUCAAGUAAUUAUUUGUGAACAUUUAGGCCUACAUUCUAGGUCAUUAGGAGUGGACAUUUCCAUUACAAUAGUCGUUAUUUGUGUGCCUACACAUUGGAGCAUCCAAUCAUUAGUUGUGGAUCUACCCAUCAGCUGACUUCCAAUAAGACAAAUUGUAGAGCUGCACAUGUGAGUCAAGUCAUUGAGUGUGUGAGUCUCGCUAGAGGACUUCUGGUUCUACACUUCUAGGUCAAUGUGUCCUCCACAGUUGUCCACGUCUGCGGGGCAUUGCUGCAAGUAUCUCAUUCAUAUCACGAAUUUUAGAAGCAAAAACAAGAACUUUGGAUGAAAGUCAAUUCUAGCCGAUGUUAUUUUCUAAACACAUUAAAAGAGUGUCAUCAACAUAGACCUACAACUCAGUUUGAUGCCGAGGUAACAGAGAGACCUGAGUAUUCUAUCAACUACAAUGUCCAAUGUAACGACCACAACAACUUCCACAUUGACCACAGCAACCAGUCUCGUGAAUACAACGUCAACUACACCUCAAAGCAGCAGCAACCAUUCGGAAAGAACAACUACUGCAGCAGCUACAACAGAACUAACUUCCACCACAACAUCAACAACAACUCAGUCGACCCAGCCAACAACAACACGUCCCGCUUUAUGUCCAGAACUUAAUAAUAUGACCACCUCUACUGAACAGAAUGAUCCAACAACUACCAGAAAACCAAUCUACUUACUCAGCACGACUCAUCGCAGUAGCGGCAUAGUGGUCAGAGUACAGUGUCCGUGGGCAGACUCCAGCUACAAACCCACAUAUCUUCUAUGCCAGAGUAAUGGACAGUGGAACAGCAGCCUGCCGUAUUGUUAUGAAUCUUUUGAGUUGUCGUCCUACAAAUUAUUUUUUGCUCUCGGUGGUGGCGCUUUGGGUCUUAUUGUUCUUGUUCUAAGUAUCAUUUACUGUUCUUUGUUAAGGGAGGACCGAAGGAAGUCGUCCAGGCAGUCCUCGGAUGUAUCUGACACAACAGAAACCAAGCAAGUGGACCCUUAUCAUAUUGGAGACAGAUUGUAUUCCAAUCCUUCAUCUUCAGGAGACUCUACUCCCAGUAAUUCGACGUAUUCCAAACAAGCCAUUUUUAGCACUCACGUGAAUCCAUCUUUUUACGAGGAUGAUUAUGAUAGAUGGAAGAAAGAAGAAGAUACAGAGAGAUUGUAUGACUCUCCCUGGCCUCAACAUCGAGGCUUGAAAGUUCAGAGUGAGACUGACAACUUUAAAUGGAGUCAGUCAAAUUUAAACAAUCUCGCUAAUACAGGAUUCCAGAAAAUUCCUCGAGGGUUUGUAUCACUAGAUCAAAUCUCGUUUUCAUCAGAAGAUUCAACUGGCCAGGAAUCGACUACGAAAUCGGUUGAUCCUUUGUACGCCUCAAAGUCGAGUUUCCAGUCACAAACAUUGCACGGCGUGAAACGUUACAGACGCAUGAAAUCCAAAGAAUUGACGACGAAUACACUGCCCAGUCAACUAGGCAGCAGCACAUUGGAGGACUCCAGCAUUGGAGUAACAAAUCUUUAAGAGAGAAACAAAAAACUGACAUGUGUCAUGAGAAACUAUCUGUGUAUAAACUUCAAAUAUUUUUAUAAAAAUCCUAACAAAAUUUUAUAACAUGUAUAACUGGAAGAGAAAUAAAAACU